AUGAUGAUGAUCAUGCGCCGUGUGAUGUUUGUGUUGGCCGUUGUGCUGUGCUGCGCCUGUGGAAGUGCGAUUGCUCAAACUCCUGCUGUUGUUCCUCAACGUCAUGAUGUACCUGAUUUGUACGGUAGUAGUUUGGAAGGGUUUCCUCUACCCGAUAGGUCGCAAAGUACAACGAGUUCAUCAUCAUCGAGUUCUACAAGUUCACUGACUAAAAAUCAACUCGACCAGAAAGCAAUGGUAUCUACAGCGGACCCCAGAAGACCAGGUGCACCGGAUGGUUCCGACCUCAGCAGAUCACAACUUCCGACUGAAAUACGCAACACCGAUUCGCAUGAAGAUGCUAAUUUACUAAGAGAACAAAUGGAUAAAAAAACAGGUCAUGGUAGUAAAGAGGAGGCUGCUGCAGGUUCUCGCACUGAUGAGAGAGAAAUGGUAACCGCACAGGAGAAAGUCACAGCUGUGGGUGUACAGGGGCAACGGAGUGGAUCAGAACAAGGAAUUACAUCCACACAACGACCUUCUGAAAGUGCGACCGCUAGUGUAAGUGCUUCCACGGACAACCACCCACAAAGUGGAGAACACGAGAACAAUAAAAGACCAGCAUCUCCAAGUUUAACUGACGCUGAGGAAGUUAAAGCAGAAACAGGAGCGAGUACCACAACAAUACAAAGCACAACUCAAGACUCUAAUGCAGCACCACAAGAUAUUCAAAGGUCAGCUAAUACCAAAGGGGAUAACACUGAAGUUGGUAACAGUACUCUUACCCAGCAACCAUCUCCUGCAAAUGUUGAUGAAACUGCCGCACCAGAGUCACAAGAAAACACUUCCACUACUCCGGCGAGCACCGACAACACUAUCACAGAAGCACCAACCACCACUUCAUCUCCUGUACCCAAUUCAGAUAUCAACAACAACAUCACUUCCACCCUAAAAAACAAGGCUAAUGCUGACAGCAGUAUCAGUCCUGUGUGUAUGCGCACUGCAGUACCGCUGCUGAUUGUGGUUGUGUUGUUCUCCGCUACCGUGUACUGA